CUAGUCCGUCGUUGGUAUUGAUCGGCUGGACAAAGGAAACUGACCACCGGUUUAGAUUCACAAGAAACUAUUCCUUACUAACAGUUCGUCCUGUGCGGUAUGCGGCCCUUUUGCUUCUAAUUAACGAUGAUCCUGUGAUAGCGCGAAAAAAUUCGUAAUAACAGCGUUGCAGCGCGUGCGUUUCAAACUUUCGUGCCGGCGGUUCGUUUCCCAGUGUGCAUUCGUCAAAACUUUGCGGCAACUUUAUAUUUGUUUCAGAAAACUUUUCACUUUAUGACUUUUUUGAACUGCGCACUCAAUCGGACACUUUUCAUUGGCGUGCAACCACGUGUCUCAUUGUUGUGAUAUUCCGUAAACGUUACGAUGUCUGCUAAAGCUACCAAACGUCCUCUACGUUCAUUAACGGCUCACGAAAAAUUAGACGCUAUCCGAAGAGUGCACGACGGUGAAAGUAAAGCUUCUGUCGCCAGAGACAUCGGUGUUCCGGAAUCAACUCUAAGAGGAUGGUGCAAAAACGAGGAUAAAAUAUCGUAUUUAUCCCGACAAUCCAGUCCCGAAACAGACGAAUCUUUAGACCACAUCGCAAACAAGAAACCAAAAUUAGAAGAACCACAUCAACCGUUCAAUCUAAGCAUGAAGACUCAUCAUCACAACUCUUACACACCAACCCCACCGGUCAUCACAGACGCUAACGAUUCCGCCAACAUCCUACUCAACUUAAACACCGACUCUACUCCGAAAUCCAGCCUAUCAGAAAGGGAACGCAAUAGAGCCGAAUUAGCACGAUUGAGUAUCGAACUCGGACUUAACAGACCAGAAAUGUUUAUACCGAACUUGAAUACCUCACUAACUUUAAACGAUUUUAGUUCAAACAUUUCAUUACUAGCUCAAUGGAACGCACUACUAGCCCAGCAACAACAACUCAAAGCACUACAAUCUAAUAACAAACCAACUAAAAUUGCAGAAUCCUCCAACGCAGUAUCAUCAUCAAAUAACAAUGGAUUACAUACAGAACACGAUUUACCGAAAGAUAUCCAUUCUGUACAAGAAUCAGUUUGGUACUGGCUCAAAUCCCAACAAUCAGUAUUAAACGUGCCAGUAUCAACAACCUCAUCAACUAGUAACGGAGUAUCGACUCCAAUCGUUAAUACUUUACCAUCGAGCAGUAACGGAAUUAACUCAGAUCAAAGUUCCUGGUUUUGGAAAUGGUACAAACAAUUCGGUUAUAAGGAACAAGAAACUAAAAACAUAUUAUACCAACAACUAACCAAAGAAGCAUCACAAAAAGAACCUGUAACUCUUCCAAUUCCUCCUAUUAUUACAGAUCAACAGAACGCUGAAAACCUAUCAAUGAGAGACACAACAGAUAACAGACAAAAAGAAAACGAUAAAACUGGAAUUAAAGUCAGAUCAGUAUUGGACAACUUACUCUUCAAUAACAAUAAUAAUGAUAAUCUUCCUUCGGAUAAAAACCAAUCUAAAGAAGACGACGAUACUUUAAGUCAAAGUGAAGCUGUUGAACACGGUGAGAAAUUCUUGAAAUGGUUGGAAUCCUGUAGUGACCCGUCAGUAACGGCAGUACAAAUAAUGCAGUUUAAAACGCUGUUAAAUAACGUGAAAAGUGGCGUGGACAGAAAAAACUGUGACCUCCAAAACAAAGCCAAAGUGAAAAGAAAGUGAGAUUAGUUUAAUUAAAAAAUGAAUUUGUAUAAAACACUUGACAUAAGGCUGUUUUAGCUCUAAACCAAAUUAUAUGAUUACGAUGUGUUAAAAAUUCAUUACAUGUAGUUUAUGUACAGUUUUUACAGGCGUAAUAUAUAAGUUGAUAUUAAGUACAAUUAAAAUGAUGA